GUUUGUAAGAAACACGGAUGGCCAAUCGGCUGCGACAUCGGCGGCCGUUGAUAGGGGCAACCACGUCUAUCAAAAGGCUAAGAGCCAAUAGGAGCCGGGCCAAGGAGGAGUUCAGGUGCGCUUCGUUGCGUCCACUUGGCAAACAGCCUGGGAGACGCCUGUGGCAAAAAAGUAACUGUCAAAUGCACGGCUCCUUUAACAAGAGCGAUCAGUCCGGCUCCAAGAGUCAUGGCGACAACAGCGUCUAAUCAUUACAAUAUUCUCACCUCCAGCUCCUCCAUCGUGCACUCGGAGCCCGGGAGCAUGCAGCAAGGGACGGCUUACAGAGAUGCACAGACACUGUUGCAAAGCGAUUACAGUCUACAGAGUAACGGGCACCCUCUGAGCCACGCUCAUCAGUGGAUAACCGCUCUGUCACACGGCGAUACUGCUCCCUGGUCCACCAGUCCCCUGAGCCAGCAGGACAUCAAGCCAGCAGUGCAAACCGUCAGGGACGAUCUCCACAAUUCCAGCGGCUUGCAGCAUCAGACGAGACCGCCUCAUCUAGUGCACCAGUCGCAUGGGAACCAUCACGAUGCGAGAGCUUGGAGGACUACAACAGCUGCUCACAUCCCCAGCAUGGCAUCUUCAAAUGGACAGAGCUUAAUUUAUUCGCAGCCCGGGUUCAGUGUUAAUGGCAUGAUCCCGGGGGCCGGCCAAGGAAUGCACCAUCACGGUUUGAGGGACACCCACGAGGACCAUCACAGCCCCCAUCUCAGCGACCACGGCCAUCAGCAGCAGCAACAGCCGCAGCGUCAGCACCAGCAGCAUCAGGGCCACCACGACCAUUCAGACGAGGACACGCCGACCUCGGAUGACUUGGAGCAAUUCGCAAAACAGUUCAAACAGAGGAGGAUCAAGCUAGGCUUUACCCAGGCUGAUGUGGGGCUAGCCCUGGGCACGCUAUAUGGUAAUGUGUUUUCCCAAACGACGAUCUGCAGGUUCGAGGCCCUACAGUUGAGCUUCAAGAACAUGUGCAAACUCAAGCCUUUAUUGAACAAGUGGUUGGAGGAAGCGGACUCUUCCUCGGGGAGCCCAACCAGCCUCGAUAAGAUAGCGGCACAAGGCAGGAAGCGCAAAAAGCGGACCUCCAUCGAGGUAAGCGUCAAGGGCGCUCUGGAGAGCCAUUUCUUAAAAUGCCCCAAACCUUCGGCCCCGGAAAUCACUUCACUGGCAGACAGUCUUCAGUUGGAGAAAGAGGUGGUACGGGUAUGGUUUUGUAACAGAAGACAGAAAGAGAAAAGGAUGACGCCUCCCGGGGGACCACUCCCGGGACCUGAGGAUGUUUAUGGGGACACCCCACCACAUCACGGGGUUCAGACUCCAGUACAAUGAACACAGACGGACCUCCUAAAAGUUUUUUUUUCUUUUUUUUCCCUUUCGAUUGUGUCAAUUUCUAUUUCAAUUAAAAUAGCAAACAAAUAUAAGCACUGGACUAUCUGUCAUGAUAGCGGGUGUUGCGAUAUGUUUCUUUUUGACCUGAGAGGGGAGCACCCAGGCAAUGCAGUGAGUAUUUGAAAACAACGACAGCGGCGGCAGCGACAGCACCAGCGGCUGCUGCAACCUAAUAACAAUAAUAAUAAAUCAGGCACUGAGAUUACACGUUAUCUUUUGUUGUUAUUUGUUUGUUUAAAACGAGUGAAAGAUAAUGCUACGAAAAGAGGAAUAUGCGUUCUGUAAAGAUAUGCCCAGCACUGUGACAUAUGACGCUUUCUAACGUGUAGCCCCAUUGUGGAAACGUAUGUCAAAUAAGUCUGUCAGAUUUACAAGGAUUUCUUUGUGACGACAAUAAUAACAUUAAUAGUAACCAACAUACAGUUUCUUUGUAUUAUUACGGCAAAAAAUCUGAACUACUAUCAUCAGAAUGUAAUACCAUCAUUGUAAAUGGAGUGCAGUUCUGCAAAAAUGAGCGUGCGUAAUGGGGGGAAAAAGCUGUCGCGCGAAAUCUGGAGAUAUUAAAAUCAAUAUCUCCAAUGUUCUAUACGAGAAUAGUUUAAAUUUAGGACUGUCCAUAUCCCCUAUCCGUAGGAUAAAGGCAUAUGAAGAGAAUACGCCUGACACAUGUAAAGAGGUACCUUGCAACGUAUUUAACAACGGCGGAAAACCUGAUGACGGUUUUCAGUAUGUGCGGCUCUGGGAAUAAAAUAGCACUUUCCACGUUUGUUCCGCUAUUUUGUUGUAUGUCCCUACAACAGUUCACUGAAUGAUAUGUAAAUAUUGUAUAUUUCUAUUGGAAAUGCAUAGCUGAAUUUCUUUGCACAUUGGGGCACUUUUCUUUUCAAUGUUUUCUUUGAAAGACUAAACAGGCUGAACUGUUCAUUUAUUUUUUUAUCCGACAUACAUUUUGUAUUAGGUUUUAAUACGUUAUAUUUUUAUUUAAAGCGAUAUUUGUAAUGUAGUGGAUAUAAUAUCAAAUGGAAUUAUUUGCAAAAAUCAAUCCUACUAUUCAUCUUGAUUUUUGAUAGUACUUUCUUUUGUCCGCUGCUCACUUCAAGUACAAAAUUCUGCUUGGGCAUCAUCUUUGCAGAUUAAUUCUAAUGUUCACGAAAAUGUGAAAAACGAAUCAUUGACUUUCAGGGUUUAUAAAAAAAAGUUGUGUUAAAGAUUGAAAAGGACGCUGUACAACACUUUUAAAAUAAAUUAACUAAAUGUUAAUUGGACGGCUACAUUUGUCAUAGAUAUAGUGUCAGAAUCCAGUCCAUCUUUAGUUAAAAAAGAAAUGGAAAACAAACGAUACGAUCAUGAAAAGGAAUAUAAUAUAUAUAUAUAUAUAUAUAUAUAUAUAUAUAUAUAUAUAUAUAUAUAUAUGCAUAUAUAUAAAAAGACAGAAAAUACCAUUGCCGGUAGCGUUAGUGUUAUUUUGUGGUACACAAUGCCAUGCCUGGGAAGAGAUCACCACUGUAUUUUACAAACCGUAUUAUUUAUUUUUUGAAUGGGUUCUGUUAAAAACUAUCGUCCAUGCCCAUGUCUCUAAAGUACAUAAGCAUUGACUGAUAUGUGUUAACAUGAUUGUAACUUAUUGGGAAAUAGCUUUCUAGUGAUAAAAUCAGGACGGUUAGAUUGUGAACAGAUUGAAUUAACUCUGAACAUGAAACUAGGAGUAGACUGUCCAUAAGAAACAGGAGGUGGCAAUAUGCUAGUAAAAAAAAAAAACAUUGAAAGUUUUACUUUUUUUCUUUUUAUUUCAACUGAAAGGGGUUGCCAUACACACCUUACCACAAUGUAUAUAUGUGUAUAUUUGUCUUUUGAAUUAGGGACGGGAUUCAAAUGGAUUUGUUCUUUGUACAUUUCUUUUUAUUUAAAAUAUGCUGCCCAGGGAAAUAUUUUCAUAUCAUUUAAAGUGGCCUGCCUCAAUGUAAUUUAUUUCUUUGAAGUCAAACAAAACACAAAAAAAAGUUCUGGGGACAGUUCUUUACUUCUGUAGCUUUAAAUAAUUAGAUGAACCAGAUCUUUGUGGGAUGUAUUUUUUAUUAUUUUUAUUUUUGUUAUGCUUUUUUAACAUUUAUUUUACAGACUUUGUUUUGGUACAUUUGGAUGUGCUUGUGGGGGAAAAAAAUAAAACAGCGCAGAGUUCAUUAUAUAUUUAUGUUAAAGUAAUAUUUUAUUACUUACAUAAAAUAAGAAUUGCACAACAUUUUAAGUAUGAUCAUUGAAGUUCGUUUUGUUUUUCAUCACCUCAAGUGUUUUUGUCAUGUUCAGACAGCUCAUAAGAGAGUUGGGUCUUUUUAUUUUUCUACUUUGAUUACUAUUAUUAUUUUAUUUUUUGAGGACAAAAUUGACGUUGUCCAAAUAAGCUUUUCUUGUGUAUCACAAAUAAGAAUAAAAGUAUAAUGAUGCAAAAGGAAAAAAA